CGCCUGCAGCAGCUCUCGUCCAGCGCAAGCACAGCGCGUCUCGAUGGCGUCCAGCUACACGCCUCUCCCGACUAGCGCGCACGGCAUCCCUCUUGCUCCUCGAGCAUCGACCCCAAAGGCACGCCGCAUCUUUGCCGCCGUCGGCGUCGCCCUCACCUUGGUCGGCCUCUUCGCCGCGCACCGACGUUAUCAGCCCGAUGUCGAGCGCGCGCCCGUCCAGGGCUACCCGGUCGACAGCGCCGCGCUAGCCUGUGCGCACCAGGACGUCGCCGCGUGCGACCUGAGCGCCAUCGACCUCGCCCAGGCCCCGCAGGACCUGUUCCGCCUCGCGCCCGUCGCCGCAUCGGUCGAGGCGGGCACGCCGCUCCUGCUCGAGAUCGUCGCGACGUCCAACGCGAGCGCCGAGUGCCUCCUACGCUCGUCCAUCUUUGCGAUCGGCGUCUCGGGCCCGCGCAUCCAGCGCGCACACGCGACCAACGGCGGCGGGUCCGCCCUGUCGCUCCUGUCGACCGUCACGAUGGACGAGCCGGGCGAGUACCGCAUCGAGGCGUACCUGCGCCUCUUCAACUACCCGCUCGCGAUCUGCGACGCGUCGGCGGCGCGCGGCGAGGGCCGGUACGUCGACCAGAUCGUCGCCGGCGGCAACACGACCAUCGUCGUCCUCCCGACCUCGACCGGCGCCGCGCCGUCGGCGCCAGAGCGCCAGUGCCGGUAUGGCGAGCUGUACGACAUGCGCGGCGCGUGGCUCGAGCCGCCCGUCCCGGCGUCGAUAGAGGGCGUCUUCGAGAAGGCCCGCGACUGCGCCCUCGAGGCGCUCCCGACGCCCGCCGAGGCGUUCGCGCAGGCGCGAGCGCACGGCAUCCGGUGGCUGCGCUUCCUCGGCGACUCGAACACGCGCAACCUGUACGACUCGUUCCCGCUCGUCGACCCGGCGUCGUCGGCCCUGCGCAACUACCGCGCCGACCCGCCGUACGACCUGCGCGCGACGUGCGGCGAGGCGUACGACCCGCCGAGCCGGCAACAGCGCAACGCGCGACCUACACGCAAGUUCUGCCGCGUCGGGCUCGUCGACGGCGACGUGCAGGACGACCUCGUCGUCUCGUGGGAGUGGUUCACCCCGAUCCACGACCCGCCGCUUGCCGCCUACUUUGCCGACGGCGACGACGGCGACGGCGUCGACACCAAGAGCCCCCUGUGGACCGACUCGACGCUCGGCAGUGUCCUCGGCGCGCCCGAGCUCGACCCGCGCAACAGCGCCGCCACGAUCGAGUCGGUCCUCGCCGACCGGCCCGACCUCCUCGCGCUGCGCGGCGGCGACCGCGUCUUUCUGUCGUACGGCUCGCACGCCAUGAUGCACACGCGCGACGACGUCGGGCGGUACGUCGACGAGGUCGAGAGCGCGGCCGAGCGCCUCGCCGAGCUCGAGAGCGACGACCCGGAGAGCCCGCAGAAGCGGCUCUCGUUCGCCCUGUCGACGACCAAGUCGUGUCGCAAGUUCAGCAACGCGACCGAGAUCACGCCGGCCAUGCUGCGCACCUGUCACUCGGACAACUUCCGCGACAAGAACCUCGCCAUCCUGCGCGAGUUUGCCGCACGGCGCCUGUCGGGCCCGAACGGCGAGUCGCUCCCCGCCGCCUCGUCGUCGUCGACGACGACGAACCGCGUUCCGCUCGACGUGCUCGACUUUUGGCACACGACCGAGGCCAUCGAGGACUACAUGACGGACAAGGUGCACUUUGGGCCGGGCGUGUACUUUGUCCACUCGAGGGCAGUCGCGACGUCUUGGUUCGCCGACGAGGUGUAGCGGCAGCUGGCCUGCAGUGCAUCUCGUCUUCCUCUUUC